AUGGCGGAUGCUUUCUCGCUGGCGAAUCACGAUUUUGCCGAUGCCAGUAUUGUCCGGCUGGAAGUUGGCUCGGCGGAUGCAAUCAAAAGCCUCUUUGUUCAUGAGGCAGUUGUUUGCGCGGUGUCUCCAGUUCUGAAAGCGGCUUUCCAGGGCAACUUCAGGGAAUCUCAGCAGAAGGUCUGCACGCUCGAGGAUACAGAUCUUGCAACCGCGAAUGCAUUAGUACAAUGGCUAUAUACCCGGAAAACCUUCUGCUUGGACACCAAGGAAGGAAAAGACGCCCAAACUUAUUACCUUGAAACGGCUCGGCUCUAUGUUUGCGCCUGUAAAUACAUGAUAUCGAGUCUCAUCGAGUCGCUAGAACACGACAUUGCUCACGCGCCAUAUGACGUUCCGUACGCAGACAGCGUCUCUCUGGUCUAUAAAAACACGCCGCCUUCAUCAGGUUUGCGCAAAAUUUACACAGCCUGCUACGCCUCACAUACGGCUCUCGAUGAAUGGUUUGGAUCUGACAGCUGCAUGGAGCUUUUUGCAAGCUGUCCAGAUUUCGCCGCAGAUCUGGCAAUAGCAUUUGCACGGCGAUUAAAGGACCCGAACAAAGCAUGCCAUUUACACCAGCUCUUAGGUAUGACAACAUGCGUUAAGCCAUUCAUUUAG